AUGAACAUAAAGAUCAAAUCGCUCAUAGGCGUAGAAAAGCAGAUAGAAAUUGAAGACAGUGCUACCGUACUAUCGCUGAAGCAGCAGAUAGAAAUGUUGGAGACAAUACCACCGGAACAGCAGAGACUGAUCUAUUCGGGAAAAAUAUUGACGGAGGAUGGAAAGGUGCUGAGCGACUACAAUGUUAACGAUGGGUGUGUGAUACAGAUGGUGCUGGCGCUGCGCGGUGGAUAA